GUCUGGCUCAUCACGAUUUAAAAAAAAAAAAGAUGUCACGUAAAACCACAAGGGGACCUGGGAUUUACCAAGUACCUUUCAGUUGAGCAGGAGUCCUGCCAAGUAAAGAACACUUUCCUCCUCCUCUUCCAGCGGCGACAAACGCAGAGAAUCGACAGAGGAGAAUUGAGCAAAUUAUCUACUUUUCCACUCUCCUUCUUGGACGGUAACGAUCGGCAAGGUCUCGGCUCUUGCCCCACCGAUAUCGAACGAGCCUCGGGCGCCCUGAUUGUAGUCAACAACCAGGAAAGCAGGGCCUGUGUUUUGGUGGGGGUGGGGUUGGGGGAUCCCUGGCGGAUGAUGUCCUUUUCUGCGUGCCGGUGAGGAGCAGCGCCGAUCUCAUCUUCUUUCCAGCAGCUUUAGUUGUUGUUGUCGCAACCCGGUUGAUGCGGAGGUGAUGGACGGUCCUCUCCGCCGCCCAGCAGGGAUCCUUGGCUCCCCCACGGCUUCAGGGAGCCAACCUGCGGGCUCAGAAAUGCUCACCUCCGGCGGCAGCAGCAAGCCUCUCGCUUUCUCCAUCGACCGGAUUAUGGCCAGGACACCCGAGCCCAAGUCAAUACCGCUCCCCAACUGGUUUCAGUCCGCUCCAGUGGGGAAACCCGAAGCAUAUCCGUCCUCGCUGCAUUGCAUGAUCCCGCUGGUACCGCUCGGCUAUGAGCCGGGACACCGGCUCAGUAUCGCAGGGCUGGAUCCGGGCCACUUAGACGCGUCUUCUCUCCCAGCUCCCGCAGAAUUUUUGGGGUUUGGGCUAAACUAUAAAAAUCAACAAGAAGACACUGCUGUCAGCCAAACCACCGGGCAGUACAAACUCUUCAGACCCAGGGUGGUAAACCAGUCCUCCUUUCCCACGAUGGGCACUGUUUGCUACCUGAAUUGCAGCGGGGAUUCCGGAGCGUGUCCACCGCCGGCUGGCCUGGUGAACCUGCACCCUAUGGCCUCGUACCUGUUCACUGCCCGACAUAAAGCCUUCAUGGCAGAGAAGAGCAAGACCGGCAUGCAACAGGCCGCGGAGCGGUACGCGGGUUCCGGCGUGCAGGCCUUCAAGGAUCUAUCUCCGAACCAGAUUCACUACAUAAAGCAGAGGGACCAGAUCCUGAGUGACAAGAUUUUCAAGGGCUCCGCGACAGCUGCAGCGGCAAGCGCCAGGCUCAGCGGCCCCUGUCCCGGUAGCAAGCCCAAAGUUUUUACCUGUGAGGUCUGCGGUAAGGUCUUUAACGCGCACUACAACCUGACCCGCCACAUGCCCGUACACACAGGCGCUCGACCAUUCGUGUGCAAAGUUUGCGGGAAGGGAUUCCGACAGGCCAGCACGCUGUGCCGGCACAAAAUCAUCCACACUCAGGAAAAGCCUCACAAGUGUAACCAGUGCGGAAAAGCCUUUAACAGGAGUUCAACCCUCAACACGCACACACGCAUCCAUGCGGGAUACAAACCAUUCGUGUGCGAGUUCUGUGGGAAGGGAUUUCACCAAAAAGGAAACUACAAAAACCACAAGCUGACACACAGUGGCGAGAAGCAGUUCAAGUGCUCCAUCUGCAGCAAGGCAUUUCAUCAGGUGUACAACCUCACCUUCCACAUGCACACCCACAACGAUAAGAAACCCUUCACCUGCCCAACCUGUGGCAAGGGCUUCUGCAGGAACUUUGACCUGAAGAAACACGUCAGAAAGCUACAUGACCCAGCCGGCGCACAGUCUCCCCCACAGAUGUAAAAACCUGAACACUGACUCUGAACUCCCAGCACACCAAAAUGCAUACUCAACAAUUACAUUUCAGCCAAGCUACAUGUAAAAUAAGCUACACUUUGGUCCUUAGACUUAAGAAGCCCUGUAGGUGGUAAGGGGAAGGUUUUUCAUAAAUCAGUCAUAUGCAUGUGUUUAGAAUUUGUGCACUUUUUUCAUCCAAAUUAAUGCACCAGUUUAUCAGUAAGUGAGACUGGAAAGUAACUAAAAUACAUUUUUAUCAUGGUUUUUGCUCCUUCUGUUCUCAAAUUACAGAUGCUUAAGAGUAAAUGUCUUUAAAAAAAUUUCCUUACCAAUAUUAACUAAUUGGCUCAUUUACUGAAGAACUAAUUUGAGGGUUCUUUUGUAACCUUAAAUUAUUAUUUAAAAAAUAUAUAUAACUCAAUCAUAUGAAUUCUCUCUCAAGCAGCAAUGAAGCUCCCUGAAUCCUUAAAACUGUGACUAUAUGUUCUUUAUGUAUUUCUGACUAUGAUCAAAGUUUUUAACUGACAUCAUGUCCUGUGUGUUGUUUCUUGUAAUUCUACAUGAUUUAAUGAUGUGAUAUGGGGAGGAGUUACUUAUAAUUUGUAGAAAUUAUCAUAGAUGUCUUCCAAAAAUCCCCCUCCCCCACCCCCCACCAGAGAAAUCAUAACAACAGAUGAUAAAGUUGUAAAACUAAAGCCAGGCAUUUCAGACAUGAUUUUAUUCAAAGUUACAGGUGUUUUAACAAAUUUAACAAGAAGACUUUGCCAUCUUUAACUGAAGGCUAAAAAACAACAACAACUGGAUCACAUUCAAAUUUAAUUUAUGUAGUAUUUUUCUAUUACAAUCAUAUCCUGGCAUAUAAUGGCUACAGAUUCCCCUGUAACAGUUGGCCUAGUGUCAUGUGAUUAAGAGCAGUUUCAUUUUGCGUAAAAUUGCUAAAUAGCACAACUUUUUCACAAAACCCAGUGACUUAAAAGAUCAAUGCGUCUGCAUAGCUCCACCCACAACAUGCCUAAACUGAGUUACGUUAUCCAGAGGAUUUCCUGGAUCUGCAUAAGUUUCUAAUCAUUUUUAGAUUACAUCAAGAUGAUUUCUCUCAGUUUUUCUUAUUUCAAUUUGAUGUGUAUUUGUGAAGAUAUGUUGCAACGCACAAUGCUGUCCAUCCAAAAAUCAUUCCAACUAUUCCUGAAUCCACAUCUGGACUCAAUUCUGCUCGCAAAUUCUUCAUUAAAUAUCCCAACAAAGAGGCAAAAUAAAUGAAUGACUAAAUAAAUAAAUAAUAAGGCAAAAGUCUAAAAUGAGAUUAUCCCUCCUUCUGAUGGCAUCACUGUGACAUAUUCACAAAAUAAUCAAUAUUAUCUAUAAUUGUUUUUGCAGUCUGAGGAGGGAUAGCCAUGGCAAAAACCCAACAACUUUUAAUUAUAACAUUUGAUUGUGUCCCAUUAAAUCUAUAACAACAGAAUUCUUUUGAUUGGCACACAUGAUAGCCAAUCAUGUUGUUUACUUAUGUACCGGGUCGAACUUUGGUUAACUGAAGAGAAGUAGGCAGUAAUGCCAGGUGAAACAACACACUGAUGCAUGUUGUUAGUACGUGUAAAAUGUAAAAGAGCUGAAUUUGUGUAUGCAGAUCUAUUUAAAUUGUCUUUAAUCUGACAGCUUCCUGGUACAAAAUCUGUGCCCGUGUGAUGGAAGAGCGGAAAAUGUUCAUUCUGUCUUGCUCACUUAACUCAAGGAAACAGCGCAUUACCAGUAGUGAGAGUGCGCCUGAGCUGGUUGAGCACUCAAAAUGCUUUCUGCUACAAGUCUCAUUCACCAAAUUACACACACAUUCAUGCAGCACUUUGUUUAACAUUUACACACAGUCACACUCCAAUGGAUGCAUCAGGGGCAACAUGAGGAGUUCAGUUUCUUGGUCAAGGAUACUUUGAUUAAAUUACUGGAGGAGCCAAGGAUUGAGCCACUUUCCUACUGAUCAGUAAACAAUCCCUUCUAUGACCUUAGCCACAACAACAGACAGGAAGUACAUUUUUGCACAAAAUCUUUAAAUUUAAAUAGGAUUUUGUCACAUAUGAUUAAAUUUCCCUAAAUACCCCUUUUACACUUAGCAUACCUGACUGAGUCAUUUUUUAAACAUCCAGUCACAAAAAUGUUAUUUGCAUUUUCAUUUGCGAUCCAGGAAAAACAAAAAAGGAAAACUCUCUCCUUGAACACUCCAACACAAACCAUGACUAUGAACUUGAACGUCAAGAAAGAAAGAAAGAAAGUGUGUGUGUGUGUGGGGGGGGGGGCUCCUAACCCCUUUAAAGCCCCGUAGUGGCCCCUUGAUACCUGGUCCUGACAUGCUCCAUGUCUCUCUUAGCUUGCUGGUCAGAGGUUACUUUCAUAACCUCGAAUUACUAGUCACUUGUUUUGUUAUAAUGAUGGAUAAUUAUUCCAUCAUUAGUCAUCAGUAUUAUUUUUCAGCCAGAACUCAGGAUGUGAGAUUACUAGACUAGACAAAUGACAGCAGUGAAACAGUGCAGACUCAUGUUCAAUAAGAUUUAAUAGUCAAAAGUAAAUCUAGUUGCAUCUAUAUUUUUCUUAAUAUCAGCUAAUUCCCUCAAAGUAUAAAUACCAAGGAACCAAGUAUGUGUUUGGUGUAUUUCCACCACAGGAAAUAGUCCCAAACAGGUGCACUUUUUACUCCUGCAUUGCCUAAAAAAUUGUGUUGCCUAAUUGUUUCAGGCACCAGCUUUUGAUGAAACCAA